AUGGCUGGAUCUAGCACAGAUCUUUGUGUGCAAGUAUUGAUUAGAGUCAAUUAUGAAUUUUGGUGUAUCAGGAUGAAAAUAAUUUUCAAGUCUCACAAUCUAUGGAGCUUUGUUGAAGAUGGUUUCACAUUGUCAAAGGAAGGGAAUGAGACGGAUGAGAAGCAAAUUCUUGCUAAUCAGGAUUUCAUCUCUAGAGAUGCAAAGGCAUUGGGACUGAUACAAGGAGCUGUGAGUGAUGAGAUCUUUCCUAGAAUCGCCAACCAAGAGACUGCAAAUGAUGCUUGGAUGUUCUUAACUAGAUUAUCUGGUCUUGUGAAUAAGAUGAAAAUGUUUGGUGAAACCUUGCCAAAUAAGAGACUAGUUGAGAAAAUGUUAAUUAGUCUAACUCCUACAUAUGACAAUAUUGUUUUUGUUAUUGAGGGAACUAAGAAAUUGGAUGAGAUUGAUCCAAAUGAAGUUGUUGCAACUCUGGAAGGAUUUGAGCAGAGAUUGAAAAGACAUACUGAAGAUGAGGAAGUGAGUGAUAAGGCAUUUAGCAGUCUUAGUAUCCAAAAUAAAAGUGGAUCACAUACCAUUGGUACAAGAGGAAGAAACCUUUCAAAUUAA